AUGUCCACUGAUUCUAUUGUCAAAGCCUCAAACUGGAGAUUAGUUGAAGUUGGCCGUGUUGUUUUAAUCAACAACGGUGAAUACUCCGGUAAGUUGGCUGCUAUUGUUGAAAUUAUUAACCAAAAGAAGGUCUUGAUUGAUGGUCCAUCUACUGGUGUCCCACGUCAAGCUAUUAACUUGGGUGACGUUGUUUUAACUCAAUUGACUUUCUCUUUACCAAGAGGUGCUAGAACCACUGUUGUUUCCAAGGAAUGGACUGCCGCUAAGGUUUCCGAAAAAUGGGCCAACACUAACUGGGCUAAGAAGAUUGCUCAACGUGAAACUAGAGCUUCUUUAUCCGACUUCCAAAGAUUCCAAGUUAUGGUCUUAAGAAAACAAAAGAGGUUCGUUGUUAAGAAAGCUUUGGCUAAGGCUUAA